AUGUUGCGGUAUCAUUGUAUAGUAUCUCUGAUACUACUGAACUUUAUGAAAUUAUCGACAUGUAGACCGACUGGUAAGCUUGCUUCCAACCGAACUGAUAUCACGUCUUUGGCUAUCGAAUUACUUGAAUUUAUUCCAUCCAGUCUAUUAACAUUUUUCGGCGAUCUGAACGAUACGGAUCGAAGUGCGCUUUUAGAAUUAACCAGAAACAUUUCUCGAAGUCGGUUGACGGCUGAUACCGAAAAAGAAUUCUUGGAAGGCCUGAAAAGGAAAAGUGAGAAUGCUUAUCAGAAAGUAAUGGGCGUGCAGAACUAUUUGUCGCACAAAAUUGAACGUUUAAAGCCAGAAAGCAAAAGUUUUACUAAAAAAGUUAGCGAUAAAUAUAUUUCACUGUUCACAAAUCCACAAACGGCGCCCAAAGGAACGUUCAUGAAAAUGAAGUCGUUUGUGAAUGAAACAUUUAAAAUAUAUGACCAUUUGAGCGAGGCAGCAAAAAAUGAUCUGGAAGCAGCAUUUCCGGAAAUAGCACAAUUGAUCAGAAAUCCACGAUUUCGAGAUUACAUGAAACGUGUGUUCGACAGUGCCGAUGUGAAAAGAGCAUUCAACCGGGCAGAUAGAAUGAUCAAUCCAAAGCAGUAA